UGACCUGUUUUUUUUAAAAAAAGACUAAAUGUCAAAUCCUAGACAAUAAAAAAUAAAAUAAAAUAAAAUAAAGCCUAUUAUUAUAAGAUGGUCUCUGGGAAAGAUAAAAAAUGAUAGGGCCCCACUAUCUCUGUGGGCCAAGGUUGAGGUCGCAAUGUAUUAAAAUUUUCAAUUAUAAGGGGAUUUUUAAAAACAACGGCCUGUUAGGUGAAACGAGACUCAGGUGACGGUCGUCCGGGAGUCAUACUUUUCAAGAGCUCAACGACCUGAGACUCACACAUGCUCUAUUGACUGAUUCAAAAUGACAAUUUAAUUCCUUUGAAUUUUCUGAAAUUCCAGAGGAUACAUUGAUUCUCCGACAUACUUUCACACCCAAAACUUGACUGAUUCAAAAUGACAAUUUCAUUCCUUUAAAUUUUCUGAAAUUCCAGAGGAUACAUUGAUUCUCUGACACUUUCCCACCCAAAACUUGACUGAAGAGUCGACAAUCAGAAACAUAAACCAGAAGAUCGAGAAACGCAAUUCCUCUUGAUUUUCAGUGAAUUGGUUUUUUGUUUCUGUGCAGAGGAAACACAUAUCGAUGGCGUUGGAGCUUCUUGGAGGGGCUAUUUUGGGAGCAGCAGUUGGUGAAUUACUGAGCGCUAUUCUGGAUGUGAAAGACCAAGCCAUCAGCUUCAGGCCCAACCUCGAACGACUCGAAUUAAGCGUCAGAUCAAUCGGCCCUAUUGUAUGUGAGAUCGAGAAGUUGGACAGAGAAUUGGACCUUCCGGUGGAAGAAACCAAAAUGUUCACCGAUCGGCUGAGAGAGGCCACGGAGCUGGUCCGCAAGUGCUCGCAGAUCAAGUGUUUGAAGUUUUACAAGAGGCCUUCCUACUCGAAGAAGCUCAUUGAUUUCGAAGAAUUGCUUUUGAAGUUCUUUCAGACCGAUGUGCAAGCUAUGCUGGCAAGAGAUGGCAAGAAGACUCUGGUGAAGGUGAAUGAGAUUGGCACGAAAUUGGAUAGAAUGUGGUCGGGGAUGAGGAAAGGUGGGCGGGUUUGUGAUCCCAAUGUGUUCAUAGGUUCGUGUGGAGCUCCGAGAGUCCAGGAUUUUGUUGUUGGAUUAGAUGUGCCUCUUCAAGAAUUGAAGAUGAAGUUGCUCAAGGAUGGUGUACAGGUGGUUGUGCUUUCGGCUCCCGGAGGAUGGGGGAAGUCUACGCUGGCAAAAAUGCUCUGCCAUGAUGUUGAAAUUGAAGGAAAAUUUAAGGACAAUAUUUUCUUUGUCAAGAUUUCAAAGACACCCAACCUCAAGGUCAUUGUUCACAACAUGUUUCAGCAUAAGAAUUUUCAGGUGCCUGAGUUUCAAAAUGACGAUGAUGCGAUCGACAAAUUGGGAAACUUACUGAGCCAAAGUGAAAUAGGAACAAGUCCUAAGUUGUUAGUCCUGGAUGAUGUAUGGUCUGGAUCGGAAUCCCUUAUUCAGAAAUUCAUGUUCCCAAUACCAGAAUACAAAAUAUUGGUUACAUCAAGAUCUGUAUUUCCUAGAUUUGCUUCAUCAACUUAUAAAUUGGAACUGUUGAAUGAUCAAGAUGCCAUGGCUCUUUUUCGUAAUUCAGCAUUUCCUCAAGAUGGGAGCUCCAACAUACCAGAUGAUCUUGUCAAUGAGAUAGUGAGCGGCUGUAGAGGAUUCCCGCUGAGCCUUACAGUGGUUGGUGGAUCACUAUGUGGAAAACCAGAGUUGUUCUGGAGACGCAUGCUGAAGAAAUGGUCUGAAGGACAAUCCAUUUUUGAUUCCAACAGUGAAUUGCUUAUUCCUCUCCAAACUAGCGUAGAUGCCUUGGAUGAAGAAACUAAUGCCAGGGAGUGUUUCCUGGACCUAGUUUCAUUUCCUGAUGAUCAAAGGAUCCCUGCCACUGCUCUUAUUGAUAUGGGGGUGGAACUAUACAACCUAGAUGAAGACGAUGCUCUUGCCAACAUCUAUGAACUAUCCACCCGAAAUUUGGUUAAUCUUGUGCUUACAAGGAAAGAUGCAUGCGAGUUUGAUGGCAAUGAGCAUUUUGUCAUGCAGCACCGUAUGCUGAGAGAGCUGGCUAUUUACCAGAGUAGCCAAGAACCUGUAGAACAGAGGAAAAGAUUAAUUGUGGAAAUAAGAGGAAAUGUUCUUCCCAAGUGGUCAAUUGAACAAAUGCAACGACCCUUCAAUGCCCACCUCUUGUCCAUCUCUACAGAUGAAACAUUCUCCUCAAGCUGGUGCAAUAUCCAACUACCUGAAAUUAAAGUUCUAAUAUUGAAUUUCCGGACAUGGAACUACAGCCUGCCUGAAUUCAUGGAGAAAAUGGAUAAAUUGAAGGUUCUGAUCCUCACAAAUUAUGAUUUCUGCCCAGCUAAGCUGAGUAAUUUUCCUCUACUUGGUUCUCUGUCUGGUCUAAAGAGAAUCAGACUUGAGAAUGUUUCAGUUUCUUUCCUUAGUAAAUCCACAUUACAAUUCACGAAUUUGCAGAAGAUAUCCUUGAUUAUGUGUGAGAUUGGCGAUGCCUUUACAAACUGUACUAUCGAUAUCCCCCAUAUGUUCCCAAAUCUUUUGGACAUUGAUAUUGACUGUUGCAUUGAUUUAGUUGAAUUGCCUGAGGGGCUUUGUGAUGUUGCCUGCCUUAAGAAGCUCAGCAUCACGAAAUGUCAUGAUCUGGAAGCACUUCCUGAAGGAUUUGGAAGGCUAACAAGUUUAGAAAUGCUGAGGCUUCAUGCCUGUACAAACCUUUUGGGUCUACCUGAGUCAAUCGGAAGCCUUCAAGAAUUAAGAGUUCUCGACAUAUCUGACUGUAUAAGCAUGAGUGAAUUGCCAAUGGGGAUUGGUGGGUUGUGUGGUUUGAAAAAGCUCAACAUGAGAGGUGGUGAAUUUCGUGAGCUGCCGCCAUCAGUAAAGGAUCUGUCACAAUUAAAGGAUGUGAUAUGUGACAAAGAUAGUUCCGCUCUCUGGGAACCUUUUAAGACUUGUCUCACCAAUCUGAAGAUAAAUGUGCUUAAUGAAGACUUCAAUUUGGACUGGCUCCCCAAUCUUCGCUUCUGAGAAACCAUAAGAAAAAUGGUGUUUAACCCGAGGUCUGUUUAUUUUUAUUUGGUUGUUCUCGAGUAGAAUUAUUAAGUGUGUAUAUGUGUGUGUGUGUGUGUAUAUAUAUAUAUAUAUAUACACAUUUAUGGUAGAGAUUUAAAGAAAAAUAAAAAUGUUUUUGGUGAUGGGACCCACCACCUCUUUUAAAGACAGGCUAUUUAGGCCUCCCAUUUUCUCUCGUCUUCCUCUCUCUCUCCCUUCUCUUUUUUUUUUUUUUUUUUUCACAAACUUAAAUUCUUGAUUUCUCCGUUUUCUUUUGGAAUUUUUGGAUGCUGUUUGUGGCAAAUUGAAGAGCACGACGAGAUCUAUGAUUUGAUCGGAACCAAUCUUCGUUUAGUGCACAUUGGAAUUUCAAAAAUUAGGAUUUGGAUUGGGCAAUUUUUGGGACUUUUCUCUCAUUUGAGGUAGGGAUGUCCUAAUCCACAAAAACCCUUUGACUUUUACGAAUUUUCUCUAUAAUUGAAUGUAUAGCAUGCUUAAUUGUGAUUAACUGUUGAAAAAUCGUUAUAUUGUUGUCAAGGAUUUGUAUAUCUAUGUGAAAUUCUAUGUAUAGAUGAUAUAUGUGUAAGUGGUUUGUGGAUUUGUUGUGAGAAGCAUACUUAUAUGGAUUUGUUUUCAUAUUUUUUGUGCUUAACAUGAUAGAUUUUUAUUUACUUGGAAGCAUGAUAUGUUAUUUGUGUUAUUGUAAAGCAUGUUAGGUGGUUAAGCUUAAAUUAAAAGUAUGAUAAUGAAUAUUGAUAUGGUAUGAAAAUGCAUGAUACAUUCAUGCAUAAGCAUUGGAAAGAAAUGGGAAAAUGAUUUAAAAAGGAAAGAAAAUGAUUUCGGGAAAAAGGUUUUUGAUGAAUGGUGCGAAACCCGGUCGCCUAGGAGAUUGCCUAUGGGGCCGUGGCGUUAAUAUGACCUAGAGGGAACUUAGGAAACCCCUUAGCGCGGUUGAGUUAACUGGGCCCAAAUUAUGCCUUAGAGCUUGCCUUGUGGUCAGGGACAGUUAGCCAAUCCUUCUCUCGUGCCGCCAUGGAGCUGUCAUGGGACGGGUUGCAUUAACGAUUUGGAAAUGAUGACUAAAAAGGUUUUGGAAAUGGGGAGCGACAUUGCAUGACAUUGCAUUUCAUGGCAUGGCAUGGUUCGUUUAUGAUUUAAAUUAUUGUUGUUGAUGUUGUGGUUAUAUUUUUCCCGGAAAUAGCAUGAUCCUGAUUCUUUUCCUAUUCCUUGUUUAGAUUUACGGGGCUACAAGAGGUGUGUCUUAGGCAUCACCUACUGAGCAAUUUUGCUCACCCCUUAUUAUUAACAUUUCUCAGAUCAUGGCAAAUGAGUGGCGGAUGACAAUCCACCACCAGUUUAGUUGGGUUGACGGAAUUGGACUCUUUUGUGCUUAAUGUGUAUAUUAACCCUUUUUGUUGUAAAUAAUAUUAGGAAUCAUUUUGUAUCUUCUACAAGGUUAGAAAUGGUCUUGAGACCACAGAUGAUAUCUUGCGUCGCCAUGAGUACCUAAUUCCUAUCUUAGGCCAUUGAUGUAACACGAUCCGAUUAUUAUGGUUUGAUUGUUCAUACUUUGGGAAUUUAAUAGUUUAUAUAUUUUGAUUACAUGAUUUUGAGCAAUUGAGCCAACUCAAUUGGUGUUUUAACAAAUUAAUAGUUUCUGAAUAGUUACUACCUUAUCUUAGAUAUAACUGUUUAUAAACUGUUCUUAACCCAUUCUUAUUGGACGAUAUUUGGUGGAGCCCUGUCGGAC